CUGUGACGUUUCGUAUGUUUUUAUUUUGGAUUCGCAUUGUAGUGAAUUUGUUUGUGAAUUAUGUUUAAAUGCUUUGAAAAUGUCUGAAGAGUCAUCCUCAGAAUCAGAAUUGGAACCUACAUGUUCAAAAUUUGAUCCGUUGAAAGUGCUUUAUUCGAAAGAAGUGAAGGUACCAGUAGAGGAUGCGCCGGUGUAUGAAAAUAUUCAUCAAUAUGAAGCUGCUAUGAAAAAUCCUGAUAUUGUUCCUAUUGGGCACGGAAAACUUGUGAAAAAGAGGGAAGAGGAGAAAAAGAAGAAGAAAUUGGAGGAACAGCAAUUACUUGAAGAAAAGAAUAAGCAGCGUUUCGCGCAGUACAAAGAUGUGAUGCCUGUUAAAAAGGAGAGGAGAUACGUGAAUGUUCUAUCGCGAUUGGAGACAGCGCAGGGCCCACUGAGCGCUUUGAAGGACUGCGUGGAUCAGCGGCUGAGGGUAAAGGUAGUGACCCGGAAUGCCAACACAAUUCGAGGAGCGUUAUUCGCGACCCUAGUGGCGUUCGACAAGCAGUGGAACCUCGCACUCAGCGAUGUGCUAGAAGUGUGGAAACGUAAGGGACCAAGGAAGAGAAAAGUGCCUCCUGGACUAGGUACCGCUGUAGCGAAGGGUACAGCGGCAGCAAUAUCACCAGUGCCCCUGGUGACGGAGACGCCGGUGGGGGGCGGCGUGUGGGAGUGCACCAGGCACGUGCCACAGCUGAUGGUGCGCGGGGAGCACGUGGUGCUGAUCAAUAUUGUUGAGAGAUAGGGAGGUUG